AUGUCGUGGGGAGGUUUCAAGAAAGCUAUCAACAGAGCCGGUGGCGCUGUCAUGGUCAAAGACGUGGAUAAGACCAUCGACAAGGACUUCGAUAUGGAGGAAAGACGAUACAAGGUGCUCAAGACGGCAGGCCAAAAUUUGCAGAAGGCUUCAAAAGGGUACUUGGAUUCUCUCAGAGCAGUAACGGCUUCACAAGUGACAAUUGCCGAAAUUGUGCUGAACUUGUAUGAGGAGGCCAGGCAGGGCGGAUCAGUCUACUCCAACGUGGGACAGUAUUACAUGCAAUGUGUGCGUGAGCUAGACGAAGAGACAGUGAAACAGGUGGACGGACCGUUCCGAGAAACAAUUUUGGAUCCGGUGACAAAGUUUGCCAGCUACUUCAAUGAGAUUGACGAGGCAAUCAAAAAGAGAUCGCAUAAGAAGACGGACUAUGACCAGUGCAAGGCUAAAGUGAGGAGAUUAAUCGAUAAGCCCGCCAAAGACGCUGCCAAGUUGCCUCGUGCAGAAAAGGAGUUGGCCAUGGCCAAGGAUAUAUACGAGGAUUUGAAUGAGCAAUUGAAGCGUGAAUUGCCUCAACUUAUUGCGUUGAGAGUGCCAUUCUAUGACCCCUCGUUUGAGAGUUUGGUGAAAAUCCAGUUGCGUUUCUGUACGGAGGGCUACUCUAGGUUGGCGCAGUUGCAGCAGUACUUGGACCAGGCGUCCAGAGACGACUACGCUAACGGUGUGUUAGACGGCAAGAUCGACGACAUGUUACUUCAAAUGAACUCCUUGAGCAUCACAAGUUUGGGCCAGAAGUGA